AACGCGCCGGUUGCGUGUUUCUCUCGCGAGAUCUGACAAGGCUGCGUGGUUGGAAACAAGACAAGGGAAAAGCAAAAUGGAGAAUAGGUUAUUGCGUGUAUCGUAGUUCUGUUUUCGUAGUCAGUGCUUACAUGCACACCAUAUUAUGUUUAGUCGAGUAUACGUCGCUAUUAUUUGUUUGUGUCCGGAUUAGUCCGAGCGCACUCUGCUGCUUCCCGUGCUAGCUUAGCUUGCUAGUUAGCUUAGCUUGUUAGCUGCUAACAAAGAGACGUCGCUAAGCAGAGAUCAAGUGCGAGUGUAAAAGUGUUGUGGUUGUGUGAAAAUGUGCGAAAGAACGAUAGCAGAGUACAAGGAGGAACUUUCUCCAACAAAAGAGGAGAAGGAGCGACAACAUCAACUACUGGACGCUGUUUUCAAGGAACAUCAAGUUGUGUCACACAGAACAGAAGUCCAGCAGCCCCCCCACAUUAAAGAGGAAGAGGAGGAUCUCUGGAUCACUCAGGAGGAAGAGUGUCUUCUAGGGCAGGAGGAGGCUGAUCUCACCAAGUUUCCACUGACUGUUGUCUCUGUGAAGACUGAAGACCAUGAAGAGAAACCACCUGAGUCCUCACAGCUGCAUCACAGUCCAAAUGUCCAGCAGCUGAUUGGUCAUCAAGAAGAACGUCAGUUGCAGGAGGAUAAGCCCCCCUACAUUAAAAAGGAGGAGGAGGAACUCUGGAUCACGCAGGAGGAAGAGUGUCUUCUAGGGCAGGAGGAGGCUGAUCUCACCCGGUUUCCGCUGACUGUCGUCUCUGUGAAGACUGAAGACCAUGAAGACAAACCACCUGAGUCAUCAGAGCUUCAUCACAGUCCACGUGAGGAGAAGCGAGAGGAGGAACUUCCGAGCAGCAGUUUAACACAACACACGACAACAGAAGCUGAAGGAGACCACUGUGGGGGAUCGCAAGUAGACAACCUCUUAGCUCCACUGUCAGAUAGUGACGACACGCCGUCAGACCAUAAUGUAAACAUGGAAUCGCACACAAAGACGCACACAGGAGAAAAACAUUUCAGUUGUUCAAUAUGUGAUAAAAUAUUUUCUAACAAACGCAACAUGCAAAUACACAUGAGAACGCACACGGGAGAAAAACCUUUCUGUUGUUCAAUUUGCGGUAAAAGAUUCUCCGUCAAAAGUAACUUGCAAACACACACGCGGACGCACACAGGAGAAAAACCUUUCAGUUGUUCAGUGUGCGGUAAAGGAUUCUCUGACAAAAGCAAUAUUCAAAUACACAUGAGAACGCACACAGGAGAAAAACCUUUCAGUUGUUCAGUGUGCAGUCAAAAAUUCUCUAACAAAAGCAAUAUGCGAACACACAUGCGAACACACACGGGGGACAAACCGUUUAGUUGUUCGGUGUGUGGCAAAAGAUUCUUCAACAAAAGUCUUAUGCAAACACACGCCAGAAAGCACACAGGAGAAAAACCUUUCAGUUGUCCAGUUUGUGGUAAAAGAUUCUAUGACAAAAGCCAUAUGCAAACCCACUUAAGAACACACACAGGCGAAAAACCCUUUAGUUGUUCGGUUUGCGCAAAAAGCUUUAUCAGAAACUCUGAUUUGACUCAACACACGCGGAGACACACAGGAGAAAAACCUUUUAAUUGCUCAAACUGCGACAAAAAGUUUUCUCAAAGGGAAACGAUGCUGUCACAUAUGCUAACACACAAAGGAGAAAAGCCUUUCAGUUGUUUAUUGUGUGGGAAAAGGUUCUCUAACAAACGUAAUAUGCAGAGACAUAUGAGAACACACUCGGGGGAAAACCACCACAGUUGUCCAGUUUGUGCUAAAACAUUCUCUGAAAAAUGUAAUAUGCAACGACAUGUUAGAACGCACUCUGGAGAAAAACCUUUCAGUUGUUCAGUUUGCGGUAAACGAUCCUCCGACAAACGUAAUAUGCAAAGACACAUUAGAACGCACACCGGAGAAAAACCUUUCAGCUGUUCAGUUUGCGGUAAAAGAUUCUCUCUCAAAAUUAAUAUGCAAAGACACAUGCAGAUACACGCGGGAGAAUAACUUUUCCAUUUUGGAAGUCUUAUUUGAAUUGACUUUUGCAGUUGGUACCCAGCAAGCCCACCUUAUGGUAUGUAUUACAAAACACAAUUAUCUUAGUUUAUUUUUUAUUUUUUUAAUAAAUGUUUUUAUUGAAUUUGACAGGUAUUACACUAUACAAUAGAACAGUAAUCACAUUUUCCUUUUUUUUCCCCACCCACUUCCAAGAACAGCAACCCAACACACACCCCAUACACACACAAUAGGCAGAUAAUAAAUAUACACCCAGAAUAAAUGUAAAUAAAAAAUAAAAAAGGAAGCUGGUUUGUGAAAGGUGCACUUUUCAUGUAUCCUAUAGCGUCUUUAAUUUAGCUAUGUAGUCAACCACACCACCCCAACCAGAAUAAAACUUCCCAGGUGCCCCCCUAAGAUUGAACUUUAUUUUCUCCAGAUCUAAAUAAAUCAUAAGGUCUUUAAGCCAUAAGGAGGCUUUGGGGCAAAAUGGUGACUUCCACUCCAGCAAAAUUCUCCUACGUGCUAAUAAGGAUGCAAAGGCGAUACUAUCCUUAAAUUUUCUCCUUAUUUGGGGAUCUGAUACCGUCCCAAAAAUGGCCAUUUCUGCACAUGGUGUCAGGUUUAAAUCCAAUGCCUUAGCAAGGUGUUUGAAAAUAGUUGUCCAAUAGUCCAGCAAAUGGGGACAAGACCAAAACAUGUGCAUCAUGUUUGCAGGUGACAUGUGACAUCUGUUACAAGUAUCCGAAAUAUUGGGGUAUAUUUUGGAGAGUUUGGAAUUAGUAAAAUAAAUACGGUGGACAACCUUAAAUUGUAUUAAAUUAAGCCUUGAACAGAAUGUACUGUUGUUAAUUCGGGUUAAGGCAGAGUCCCAAUCUCCAUCAUCUAAAGAUCUGCCAAGCUCUUCUUCCCAAUUCCCUCUGAUUUUAUCAAGAGACGUUUUACUAAACUGGGAUAUUAAGAUGUAGAUUUUGGAGAUUAGGCCUUUCUGAUUUGUGGGAAUAUCUAAAAUUGAGUCAAUUAGCGAAUUAGGUGGAGUAUUAGGGAAAAAGAGACUAUUUAAUUUAACAAAAUUACGAACCUGAAAGUAUCGAAAUAGGUGAGAUUUUGGUAGGUCAAAUUUUAUACACAGUUCACUAUCUUAGUUUAUUUUAGGUACUGGUUUAAAAUGUUUUCUCAAGAAAUGUUUUUUUUAAUGCUGAUUACAGUGUUUAUAAGAAUGCUUCGCAGCUACGCGUAAAAUAAUAAUUUCGCUCAUUUCACUUAAACUCAUAUGUGGUAUAAGAACAUGUUUACAUAAACAUGUUCUAAUACUUUCACUGGAACACGUCACACCCUGACCUUUAACAGAGUUUCGCUGACAUUUGGUAUAAAAAAAAAAAGUGCCACGUACAAUAAUAAUCAUGAUCAUGUAUCUGUAUUAUUAUUGGAUGCCCUGUUGAUACUUCUUCUCGAUACACAUCCUGUUCCAACACACUCAACAGUUGGCUCAGCAUCAGGCUGUGUUGACCUUUUGACUCUGCCCUGUCAUAUCGUAAUUAUCAUUUUAUCAGUAUUCUCAGACAUGAUUACUAUGAUUUAAUCUUAUAUUAAGUAAUAAUGGUGAACUGUGUAGAUAAACGACUGUUAGACAUGAUCAGUGUGCGUAUUAUAACCUUCUGGAAUGUGUAACUGACCUUGUCUGGAGCCUGCUUGUCUAAAGUUGCACAUUGCCAUUUUUUUUGUGACAAAGACUCUUCUUUUUAUUGUAUUUACUGUGUUCAGUAAAACCAAUUGUGUACCUUAUAUUUAGUACUAUAAAGUUUUCUUAUUCCAGUAAAAUAAAUGAUG